UUUAGUCACCAUAACACGAUUAACUGAAAUUAACAAACAACAAUGACUUAACCAUGAGUAACAUCAAUAGUGAAUAUGUUUUAUGGUUAUUGUAUAGAAUUUUUUUUGUUAGUUAAGGAUUAAGUGGUGUAUAGUCACUGAUAAUUACUUGUAGGACAGGGACUUUUUUUCGUAUAAAUAUGCGAUUCAAUCAGGAUAUAAUUCAUUGUUUUAUAAAAUCUUACGAUGAAGUGCUAUAUAUUUUUUUUUGUGUUCUUCAUUGUUUCAUGGGGAAAUGGAGGUGCGCAGGAGUUAGGAGCCGCAGCUCGAAACGACUUGAAAGAGAAGUUACUGGCAUUCUUUGACAUGUGGCUUAAGGGAGAGUCUCGAACUGCAUUACCUCUGCCCCCUUUGGAUGUUAUUUCGAUACCAAAACUAGAGGGAAGUUUCAAGGAAAGCGGAAUCAAACUGUCCUAUGCAACAAGUGAUAUGAAGCUGACUGGUUUAAAUCAGUCCUAUAUCCAGGAGCUGGAAGCCACGGAGUCUGCCGACAAGCUGGCAGCGCGAGGGCGUCUGGUUGCUCCAUCCCUCAUGUUAUAUGCUGAAAAAUACAAAUUAGAUGGAAGCGCUUAUUUCUUUUAUCCGAUAAAAGGAGCGGGAGAAUUAUGGGCGAACUUUCACGAUUGCGUCCUCGCAUUCGACAUUCAACUUGGUACAAACGGAAAAAGGACAUGGGUCCAGGAACUUCAGUUCGAAGCAAAUCUAGGGAAAAUUGCGAUCGAAAUGUCCGGGACUUCAUACCUGAACAAAUACACUCUGAAUAGUAAAGCCCCAGGUUUGUUCGCCAAAUAUCGCAAGGACAUGGAGGCAGCUAUGACGGAGGCAGUUAUACCUUUCCUUAACUAUUAUUUAACAGACAUGUCUUUUCUACAGAUUCUAGAUCUAAUUACUGAUGCAACUAAAACGCAACCAGAAGUAAUAUUGAUAAAUUCUAUUUAAUUAUCUGAAUUCUCGGUCUUUGAAAAAAUGUAUCGAUAACAGUUUUCUUUUUCUUGAAAUGAAAAUGAAUACCUACAUCAAUGUUACCUUUAAAAUAUUAGUUUUCUUCAGUCUAUUUAUUUGUAAUGGCAAGGCACGUGCAUAUGGUACGGAAUCGUACGUGAAGUUGGCUGGUUUCAUGCUUCAUCGAUUCUGUAUGUUUAGAAAUAACCUAUAAAUUUAAGUAAUUUAUUUCAUAAUGUUAAUUUUUAAUUUAUUUUAUAAAAGAAAAUAAUAUGACCC